AUGCGAAGUACAGACCAGUUGGCCCAACUUGCUCCAGAAAUACCCAACGAUUCAGAUCGGCGCUUUUCACAAUACGAGUACUCCGGUCCUGGUCCUGUACAAAAUCAGCCGACGCCGACUUUAAAUCGGUCGCAAAGUCAACGUCAGAAGCCUUCACGUCAACGACCGACUGUUAACGUUGUUGCCCCUGACGACUCGCGCAAAAAGAGCUUAUUUUCGUCUGUGGAGCGCAGUGUCUCUGUUAAAGGCAAAACAAUCUCCCUUCCCAUCUCACAACCUACAUCACCCGCUAUUCACCACCCAGAGACCGUGGACGAGUCCGAAGAGUUUCACAAUAUCCGGCGUUCUUACUCGGAGAACCCCUCACCUGUGAUCGCACAAUCUCCCAUUCAUCAGUACCAGCAACGAGCUCCCCGACCUUCCCACCCUGCUCACGCUCAAGACAACCCCGAGUGGUCACAGCAGCCCGUGCAACCACCUUACACCAAACUUCAGCGGUCCAACACCGACCCAGCCUUACUUGACCAGUACGUCCGACCGUCGCCUACCGAUAUUGUUCCCGAAUCACCACGACACGCGUCGGAACAUUCUCAUAGGGGACAGCCUGUACCCCCUACCCACGAUUCGGUAUUGAAUACCCGGCCCCCAUCCCAGCAGACUCACGAGCCGCUUUCCCCGUUACAGUCCGUUUAUCCUGACGCCAUGCAGUCUUCCGCGCAGGCACAGACCCAGGGUCAAUUUCAACAGUUGGACAGACAAAGAUCCGCAGGUUCGCCACAACAAGACCGGAGUCAACAGGACCGGAGUCGGCAGGGUAGUGUGUCAAACAACAUGCCUGAUCCCGGACGGAGCACACCCACCAAUGCACACCGCCGCGAGGAUUCCGGAGAAGUGGACGUGCGGGCAUUGAUCCAGAAGCAUGAUGAACUCCAGGCCAAGUAUUCCAAGGUGAAACGAUACUACUUUGAAAAAGAUGCGCAGGUUCAGCAUCUCCAGAACACGGUAGCGCACCAACGGAUGGCGGUGUCGCGUACCGUACUUGACGAUAAUGAAUACACCAGCCGAUUCCAGCGACUUGAUGGAGCGAUUAAAGAUCUGGCAUUCUCCGUGCGCAAAUACUGGCGCAGUAUUCCAUCGUGGCUGAAUGGAAUGGUCACCGACGAUGCUUUAUCGGUCGGCACGAAAGAAAUGACCGCGGUCGGACGGGCGGUAAUCAGCAGAUGGCUAGUAGAAGAAGUGUUCCAGCGUUAUUUCCAUCCAUCCUUGGAUCAAACAUUCAGCGUGCAGCUGAAGAAUAUCGAAAUGAACCUGCGACGGCAGCGACCGUCAUCCGACGAAGACCGCGAGAAUACCUCCGCUAGACUUUCCUACUGGCGCCGCACGACCUUUGACGGACUAAGUGAUUCCUUAGUUGGACCUGCUGCCGAAGAACGUCGCAAUGAGUUAGUCGAGCAUCUAAUCGCGGAACUCGCUACCUUCAUGGGAUCCCAACUGCAUGAAAUCGCGCUGCCAGGACUAGAAGCAGGUGUGAGAAUGAUUAUUGAGAACUCAAUCAACAUCAUUGAGAAAAUCCCCCUUGAAGCCCGCGAUGUCUGCGUCGAUUACUUCCCACCGGGCAUUUCCCUCGCUGAGCAAUACAUGAAGGUUGAAGGCCAACUGCCCGCACUGAGCCACCCGCCCCCACCACCCUCAGACCAAGAGCAUCCAGAGGAGCCUGCCGCGGCAGAGGGAGAUGCCUCAUCCGGCUCAACUGCCGGGACGAUAGAGAAUGCCUCACACGCACAGCAAAAGCCUUCGAUGAAGUCCCUAUUUGGCGGAUUGAUGAGCCGCAAGCAUGGCUCUAGCGAGAUCAGUCGUCCGGCGCCGGCGCCCGGACCAGCCGAAGACAAGAACGAGCCUGCGGAGGCAACUCCGAGCAACCCUCGUAUCCGAUUCGCAGCAUUCUUGGCCGUCGAAGUGCGUGGCAAGGGCCCCGCCACGGUGCUGAUCAAGUCGCCCGUGUGGCUAGUGGAAUAA